AUGUGCCGAGCUUUUGCAACAACCCUUAAGGAUACUGCCAGAGACUGGUACCAAACUCUACGACCCGGAUCGAUCGGUUCCUUCUCAGAGAUGGAACAACUGUUCACCGGCCACUUCCUUAGUAGCCGGAGAAUUGCUAAAACCACGAGCCAUCUCAUGAGUAUGGCGCAAGGAGAGCAGAAGACUCUAAAUAAAUUCAUGCAUUGCUUCAACACGGCAACCCUAAAAAUCCACAACCUAGACAUGGGGGUGGCUUUAGCAGCCUUGGCAACGGCUCACCAGUCCGGAAGCUUCUUGUACUCCAUAGGGAAAAAAUCGCCGGUGGAUAUGGGGGAGCUGAUGGCUCAAGUACAGAAAUACAUCAACCUGGAGGAGAUGAUGGACACAAGAGGAAGUCGCGUAAAAUGGAAAAGGAAAAAUAGUAGCAGGGAGAUGGGAGAAUCCUAUAGAUCCGCUAAAAGACACGAGACUAGUGCACUAUACGCAAGCCCAAAGAUAAGAGGACAACCCAAAAAGUUCUCUACCUACACACCCCUGAAUGUACCACACUCUGAAUUACUGAUGCAGAUCAGAAAGAAGGACUAUGUCUCGUGGCCUGAACCCAUGCAAACGCCUCUUCACAAGCGAAACAUGUCCAAGUUCUACGCAUUCCAUAGGGAUCAUGGCCACGACACAGAGGAAUGCAUCCAGUUGAAGAAAGAAAUAGAAGCCCUGAUAAGAAGGGGAUACCUGUCAAAGUUUAUAAAGAAAGAUGAUCCACAGAGGGAACCUCUCGAGCAGAGGAGGCCUAGCGCAAAAAAGAAAGAAAAGCAGAUUAUAGGGGAAAUUGCGAUGAUCUUCGGAGGAUCCUCUAGAAGAGGAGAUAGUGGGGGUGCUUGUAAAUGA